GGCUCCUCAUAUAAAACCAGCCUCUUGGCUUCUCUUUUGUGUUCAACAAAAUACUUUUCCUACUUAUUAGGUUAAAAUAUCUGUCUGGACGCAGCUCAGAAGGUUGAAAAUUGUUACAGGGCGAUAUAAGUAUUAGUUUUGGAGACUUCAUGUGGGUUUAGUUAGUAGGGAAACAAGAACACCUCAAUUUCAAGCCAUGAAUUGAGGCAACCAACUCGACUGUCUUGUUUCAGAUGGUGCGUGAUACAUCAGGGCCUUGUCUUUCGGACUUGCUACUGAGCUUUGGAGACUUUUGAUCAAAACAUCUAGCUAACUUAAAACUUUGCGAAAUUCAUGUUGCCUGUUUACCUAUCCGCGGAUCCUCUGAAAUCACAAUUCCAGCAGUAAUUCAUCGCCAUGGCCGUAUCAAGGCUUGAACGUCUGUUCAUUCUGCUAGACACUGGUACAACUCCAGUGACCAGGAAAGCCGCAGCCCAGCAACUGGGCGACGUGGUUAGACUUCAUCCCCAUGAGCUGAACAAUCUAUUAGCCAAGGUUUUGACUUAUCUCAGGAGUCCAAAUUGGGACACCAGAAUUGCAGCUGGUCAGGCUGUGGAGGCAAUAGUCAAAAAUAUUCCAGAAUGGAACCCUCCGCCCAGGCCUAAACAGGAGAGCGGUCAGGAGCUGACCAGGGAGGACUCUCCGUCAGAUCGCCUGAGCUUCUACAGGUUCGACAUCUCCCGCCUCCUCCGCCAUGGGGCCUCCCUCCUGGGCUCCGCCGGAGCAGAGUUCGACGUCCAGGAAGACGAGUCGGGUGAGGUGGACCCGAAAGAACGCCUGGCCCGGCAGAGGAAGCGUCUCCAGAAGAAGCUGGGGCUGGACAUGGGCGCCGCCAUCGGCAUGGACACCGAGGAGCUGUUCAACGACGAGGACCUGGACUGCAGCUGCCCCCCCACCGCCGUCUACAACAGACCCCCCGGUGUCAAGGGGUCCGCCUGGCCAGCCUCACGCAACCACGUGCCUAUGCAGGCAGCUGAGCUGAUCGAUUCAGAGUUCCGACCAGGCAUGAGCAAUCGACAAAGAAACAAGGCCAAAAGGAUGGCGAAGCUGGUGGCCAAGCAGAGAUCAAGAGACAUGGACCCCAAUGAGAAAAGCAAUGACAGCUGUGAAGGGGAGCCAGAGGAGAAACGUCGGAAAACGACUAACGUUGUCAUCGAGCAACCGGCAACAGAUAGUAAAGUAUUAAUCGACAACGUCCCAGAUAAUUCCAGUAUGUUUGAAGAGACACAAGAGUGGCCCUUAGAAAGCUUCUGUGAGGAGCUAUGCAAUGACCUCUUCAACCCCUCCUGGGAGGUCCGCCACGGAGCCGGCACGGGCCUCAGGGAAGUGCUCAAAUGUCACAGCGCCGGCGGGGGCAAGCUGGUCGGCUGCACGGCAGAACAGAUGUCACGGCAGCACCAGGAGUGGCUGGAGGAUGUGGUCAUCCGUCUGCUCUGCGUCUUCGCCCUGGACCGCUUUGGAGACUUCGUGUCAGAUGAGGUGGUUGCCCCUGUAAGGGAGACGUGUGCCCAAACAUUAGGUGUGUCUCUGCGACACAUGACGGACAAGGGCGUCGCCAUGACGGUGGAUAUCCUCCUUAAGCUGCUGACCGAAGACCAGUGGGAGGUCAGACAUGGGGGCCUGUUGGGAAUCAAAUAUGCCCUCGCCGUGCGACAGGACCUGAUCGCAGACCUGCUGCCCAGAGUGCUCCCUGCCAUCACCGAGGGUCUGCAGGACCUGGACGAUGACGUGCGUGCGGUGGCAGCCGCCGCCCUCAUCCCCGUGGUGGACGGGCUGGUGCAGCUGCAGCUCCCCAAGGUCCCUUUCAUCGUGAACAUCCUCUGGGAUGCUCUCCUUGAGCUGGAUGACCUCACCGCCUCCACCAACAGCAUCAUGACCCUGCUGUCCUCACUUCUCACCUACCCAGAAGUCCGCGAGUGCAACAUGCAGGAGUCCCUGACAGUCCUGGUCCCUCGCGUCUGGCCCUUCCUGCGCCACACCAUCUCAUCUGUGCGCAAGGCAGCGCUGGAGACCCUCUUCACACUACUGUCGAAAGCUGAGCAGAACUGUGCAGUGUGGCUGAACCCCAUCCUGCAGGACAUGCUGAGACACAUCUUUCAGUCCUGCAUCCUGGAGAGCAACCCAGAGAUACUGGAUCUCAUUCAGAAGGUGUGGGAGGAGCUUCUGAGGCAAGCCUUGCCCCAAUACGUGGUGGCGGCCAGCUGUCCUUGGAUGGGGGCGUGGCUUUGCCUGAUGAUGCAGGUGUCCCACAUCCCCAUCGACCUCAACAUGCUGCUGGAGGUCAAAGCCCGCUCAAAGGAGAAGUCUGGUAAGCCUCACCAGGUAGGCGGUCAGGUGAAGGAGACGGUGCAGGAGUACAUCGCCGGGGCGGAGACGGUGACCGAAGACCCCGCCACCCGCGACUACAUGGUGAUGAGGGCGCGUCUAAUGUCUGCCAAGCUGUUGGGGGUGCUGUGCCGCAGCAUCUGUGACCCGCGCAUCAACAGCGGACCCCAGGAGAUCCGGCCAGCCGAGUCUCUGGCCCAGCUGCUGCUCUUCCACCUCAACUCCAAGUCUGCUCUGCAGCGCAUCGCCGUCACCAUGGUGCUGUGUGAGUGGGCCGCUGAGCAGAAGGAGAGUGAGCUGGUGUCUAGUAUGGUACAGCCGCGGCUGCUGGCCAUCCUGUCGGAGCAUCUGUACUACGACGAGAUCGCCAUCCCCUUCACGCGGGUGCAGACCGAGUGCAAGCAGCUCAUCGCACUGCUGGCCGACGCCCAGCUGCACGUGCACGAGCGCUUCAACUGCAGCGUGCUCACCAUCGACCAGGCCAACGAGCUGGUGACCACGGUCUUCUCGGAGAUGACGGCGGAGGUGAACACGUGCUCCCAGACGUGGGCGGCGCUGGAGGGGAAGCACCAGCAGGCGGCGGCGGCCGCGGCGGAGGCGGGCAGCGAGUGGCAGCGGCUGCAGCUGCGCGUGCACACCUUCUGCGCCUGCGCCGCCGUGGGCCUGGGCCCGCUGCCCGAGCGCCUCAACCCGCUGGUGCGCCCGCUCAUGGAGGCGGCACGGCGCGAGGAGAACACGCUGGUCCAGGGUCACGCUGCGGCGGCCAUCGCCCGACUGCUGCAGAGGUGCGCUGGCCGCACGCCCUGCCCCAACUCCAAGGUGCUGCGCAACCUGUGCUCCUCGCUCUGCGUGGACCCCCUGCUCACCCCCAGCGUCUCCUGCCCCACCCCGACGCCCGCCGCGCCCGCCGGGGGCAAUGCCAGCCAGGAGGGAGGCAGAGAUGGUGCUCACCAUAUGGUGAGCAAGACCAAGGGCAUCAUCACGCUCUACCUGCACCAGAAGGCUGCUUUCGCCGUCACCAGCAAGAGGGGCCCCGCGCCCAAACCCCCCAAGAACCUCUCCAGCGAGGUGGCCCCAAACAGCACCGCAACCAUGGACACCGAUGAGAGCAAGAAACCGAGUCUCAUCCAGCGAAGAGGCGCAGAGUUCUCCCUGACGACCAUCACCAAGCACUUCGGGGCUCAGUUGACCGUGGCGCUGCCCUUCCUGUGGGAGACCAUGAUUGGCCCCCUGAAAGCCGUGGUGGAGGGCAGAGAGGGUCUGGAUGUCCCGUUGUUGCUGGAGAAAGGAGACACGGUGGCCCAGGAGCUGGUGGGCUCUCUGCAGGUCCUGGAGGUGGUGGCUGGGGCCAUCGCUCCCCAACUCAUCCCCUUGCUCCUGGAGCAGCUGCCCCACCUGUGCCUGUGUCUGCAGCACCCCUACACGGCCGUGCGGCACAUGGCUGCGCGCUGCGUCGGGGUGCUCAGCAAGAUCGCCACACUGGAGACCAUGGAGAUCUUCCUGGAGCGCGUGCUGCCCUGGCUGGGCGCCAUCGACAACAGCACCAAGCAGGAGGGAGCCAUCGAGGCGCUGGCCUGUGUGAUGGAGCAGCUGGACGUGGACAUCGUCCCCUACAUCGUGCUGCUGGUGGUCCCCGUGCUGGGCCGCAUGAGUGACCCCAGCGACAGCGUGCGCUUCAUGGCCACGCAGUGCUUCGCCACGCUCAUCAGACUACUGCCACUGGAGGCUGGUAUCCCAGACCCCCCAUCCAUGUCUGAUGACCUGAUCCGCCAGAAGGCCCGGGAGAGGCACUUCCUGGAACAGCUACUGGACAGCAGGAAGCUGGAGAACUACAAGAUCCCAGUGCCCAUCAAGGCUGAGCUGAGGAAGUAUCAGCAGGAUGGAGUGAACUGGCUCUCCUUCCUCAACAAGUACAAGCUGCAUGGCAUACUGUGUGAUGACAUGGGUCUUGGGAAGACCCUUCAGUCCAUCUGCAUCCUGGCGGGAGACCACUUCCUCAGGGUGCAGGAGUAUGCCAAGACAAAGGCUGCAGACAGUACUCCCCUGCCCUCGCUGGUAGUGUGCCCCCCUACGCUGACUGGCCACUGGGUGGACGAGGUGGGCAAGUUCUGCACUAAAGAGUUCCUGAACCCCCUGCACUACACUGGACCUCCAACAGAGAGAGCAAGGUUACAGCAUCAGGUGAAGAAACACAACCUCGUGGUAGCGUCUUAUGAUGUCGUAAGGAAUGACAUCGACUUUUUUAGGAAUAUUAAAUUUAAUUAUUGUAUCCUGGAUGAGGGCCAUGUCAUUAAGAAUGGGAAGACCAAGCUUUCCAAGGCCAUCAAGCAGAUAGCGGCCAACUUCCGUGUCAUCCUGUCGGGAACGCCAAUCCAGAACAACGUUCUGGAGCUUUGGUCGCUCUUCGACUUCCUCAUGCCCGGUUUCCUGGGCACCGAGCGUCAGUUUGCCGCCCGCUACGGAAAACCAAUCCUGGCCAGCCGCGAUGCCAAGAGCUCGUCUCGGGAGCAGGAGGCAGGGGUGCUGGCCAUGGAGGCUCUGCAUCGACAAGUGCUGCCCUUCCUCCUGAGGAGGAUGAAGGAGGACGUGCUGCAAGACCUGCCUCCCAAGAUCAUCCAGGACUACUACUGCAACCUCAGCCCCCUACAGGUCCAGUUGUAUGAAGACUUUGCCAAAUCCAGAGCCAAGGUGAGCGUGGACGACACCAUCUCCACUACAGAGCCAGAGGAAGAGGAGAAGCCGAAGCUCAAGGCCACUGGACACGUCUUCCAGGCGCUGCAGUACCUGCGGAAGCUGUGUAACCACCCGGCCCUAGUCCUGACGCCGCAGCACCCCGAGUACAAGCGCGUCAUCGAGCAGCUCGCCGCCCAGAGCUCCAGCCUCAGGGACAUGCAGCACGCGCCCAAACUCUCCGCCCUCAAACAGCUGUUACUGGACUGCGGUCUGGGCGCAGCGGGUGGAGCGGAUGGCGGCACGGAGGCGGUGGUGGCGCAGCACCGCGUGCUCAUCUUCUGCCAGCUCAAGAGCAUGCUGGACAUCGUGGAGCAGGACCUGCUCAAGCCGCAGCUGCCCUCCGUCACCUACAUGCGGCUGGAUGGCAGCGUGCCCGCGGGCCAGCGCCACUCCAUAGUGUCCAGGUUCAACAACGAUCCGUCCAUCGACGUGCUGCUGCUCACCACCCAUGUCGGUGGCCUGGGCCUGAACUUGACCGGCGCAGACACGGUGGUGUUCGUGGAGCACGACUGGAACCCCAUGAGGGACCUGCAGGCCAUGGACCGUGCCCACAGGAUAGGACAGAAACGCGUGGUGAACGUGUACCGCCUGAUCACGAGAGGUACCUUAGAGGAGAAGAUCAUGGGCCUGCAGAAGUUCAAGAUGAGCAUCGCCAACACGGUCAUCAGCCAGGAGAACGCCAGCCUCCAGAGCAUGGGCACCGACCAGCUCCUCAACCUCUUCACACUAGACCGGGCAGACCGGAGCGAGCCGUCCUCCUCCAACCCGGAGAAGGCCUCCAUGAAGUCCGUGCUGGACGGCCUGGGAGACCUGUGGGACCAGCAGCAGUACGAGACGGAGUACGACCUGGACAGCUUCAUGCACUCUCUUCAGUAAACCUGACCCCCUGGGCAGCCUCAUACCUGACCCCCAGGCUCACCCCACUGCCAACAGUGACCCACACCCCCAACCCAGUCUCCAGGGUGCUGUGUGUAUGUGUGUGUGGAACAUAUGUGUAUGUGUGUGGAACAUAGGUGUGUGUGUGGGGAACGUGUGUGUGUGGAACAACUUAAUAUGUAGGGUACAAACACACCCUUCCUCCCACUUUCCACCCUUCCUUCCCUACCUCUCCAAACAGUUCUUUAAAAUGCCCUUACACACACACACACACACACACUCCCUCCCUCAGACUGGGUGGAGUGACCAUGAGAACGUUUUCUAAAUUAGGAAUGAAUUGCCUCGAAUCAUUGACUCCCAGUCCACAGACGAGGCGCGCAGUAACCCAACAGGCUCACACUCUGGGCGGUGGAGAGUGAUGUAGUGCGCUCGUCUGGGUAGAGAUUGGACAUGUUGGCAAAAAAAAAAAAUGUACGCCGACUCUCCUCCACCAUACUCCAGCUUACCUUUGGUGCUACCGUGUGCUGAAGGCAUGUUGAUGGAGGAUGGGAGAUCCCUGGAAGUGUUGUGGAGACCCCUGACUGAAAUGACCUCCAAGCCACAAGGGGGCGCCAUGAGUACUCCCCUCCCCCCCCCUCCAGCUGAGGUUCCACACAGUCAGCGCUCCAUGACUUGUCACCCACCCCCUCGGUCACUGUUGGUGUUUUUAACUGCUGUUCGGUGUGCUCAGGUGAAAGACUUUACGCCCAGACAUCCACUGCAUGGCUGCAAACUGAGUUCUCCUCACUAGCCGGCCUCCUUUGGAAAUGCACUGCAAAAGGGCUACCAGGACGUGCCCCUCCAUCCCCCCCCCCCCCCCCCCCCAAGAGCUCCCCUUACAUUGCCAGACUUUUGUAAAAUGAAGUGACGACAACAGAAUCUAUACAAAAAAAAAACAGACUUGUAAAUAUUUCUGUAAUUUGCCUUUGUAAAAGCUGAUAGAAUGGUAAUAAAUUCUACUGAGCUUU